AUGGACAGUGAAGAGUGUGCACCAGGCAGAAGAAACACAUUUGACCUUACAAAUCAGCAUCGUCAAUCAGCUGUACUUCGUUUUAGCAUUAAUGGGACUAACGUCACUGACGUCCAUUACAGCAAAGAUCAUCACAAUCGAGAAGAUAAAUCUGAAAUUAUUGUUAAUUUUACCGAUGGUUCUCAAAUGUACAUUGGUGAAUUGAACUAUGAUCCAAACAACACUGAAUAUAUGCUAGUUUGGAGCAAAAAUGAACCAAACUUAGAAAAAGAGCUGUGUUUUCACUACGGUUUUAACAACGCCAGCUGGUUUUCUACCUAUGAAGAAAAAAAUCAAAAAUGGCCAAUGGACACUCAAAAAAUAAUUCCGAAAGGAAAAGCGUUUACAACAUCUGACUUUUUACUAACUCCUGAUUUUGGCUCCAUUAUUGAACACGUCUUUGUUAACACUGACGGGUUUGGCAUUGUGCUAAAUGAGUAUCAUCCCUGGAUACUGCGUCGCGAUUCAAAUCACGGAGAUCCUAUUCUUUGUGUUUCUACUUCAAACCUAAAACCCUAUCCAAAUCAAACAACAUACAGUAAUCCACAUUUCUUUGACACAUACAUUCAUUUUCGGAUUGCCAAUAAUAUAACAAUGGUUUGGAAUCGUCUACAUCACACGCACAUCUACCCACCAAAAAGUAUUCCUGAUGAAAGAAUGUUUCGUUAUCCAAUAUGGUCAACAUGGGCAUACUUCAAAAAGGAGGUCAAUCAAAGCAAAGUUCUUCAAUUUGCAAAUGAAAUUGUCAAACACGGGUUUAAAAACAACGCACAGCUUGAAAUUGAUGACUUUUGGGAACAUCAUUAUGGAGACCUGACUUUUGAUACAACAAAAUUUCCUGAUGCAAAACAUAUGAUUACUGAAUUGAAAAAACUUGGAUUUCGUGUUACAGUUUGGAUGACGCCGUUUAUUACAAAAGAGUCAACAACUUACAAUGCAAGCAUUCCCCACUUGGUGAAAAGUCACGAUGGACACCCCUUGACAUCAAAAUGGAAUUCAGCCGGCAUUGUUGAUUUUUCAAAUGAUCACGCCGCCAAGUGGUGGAUUGAUCGUUUAAACCAUUUUAGAAAUGAAUCAGGAGUAGACGGCUUUAAAAUGGACAAUGGCGAAGUUUAUUGGUAUGGAGAUGAUUUUAUUGUAAAUGAUCACAAAGUUCGAGAAUACGCCAACUGGGUUACAACUCGAUAUGUGGAAACCUGUUCUAAACUGGGACCAAUGACUGAGGUUAGAAGUGCUUUCAAAAAUCAGCAUACUACCGUUUUCUUAAGAAUGAUGGAUAAAAACACCGUUUGGGAAGGUGAGAACGGCCUAGCAUCAUUGAUUUCUACAGCCCUGACAAUGUCUUUAGCUGGAUACUCUUUCAUACUGCCAGAUAUGAUUGGCGGAAAUGAUGAAAAACCAGCCGAAGAACUUUUCAUUCGAUGGGUUCAAGCGACUACUUUUCUACCCUCAAUGCAAUUUUCAUACCCGCCCUGGAUUUACUCUGAAAAAGCUGUAAACUUAACACUUAAAUAUGUACAGCUACAUGCUGAGCAUGGCGACACUAUUAUUACGCUGGCCAAACGCCGAGUGACUCACUCUGAACCGGUCAUUAGACCACUGUGGUAUUCAGAGCCAAAUGACUCGAGAACGUUCAAAAUUAAUGACCAGUUUAUGCUUGGGCCAGAUAUUGUUGUGGCACCUGUACUUGAAAAAGGAAAAACUGAGCGAUCAGUUUAUUUGCCUUCAGGAGUUUGGGUUGAUCAACAUGGCAAGGAAAACACAGGGCCAGCAAUAAUUAAAGUUUUAUCUCCAAUUGAAGAACUUCCUUAUUUUAAACGAAAACAUUAA